UCCAUCCCCCUCAGAGGUGCCAUGUGCUCUUUGUACGUCGAGUUAGUGGAGGUCCAUGUACUCGAGCAGCUCUAUGCGGCUGCCACUGCGGGCAUAAGCUAUGGCUUCACUGUCGGGGAAAAGGGUCUUGUGCUCAAGGUGCGGGGCUACAACGAGAAGCUCCAUCUGGUGGUGGAGGCCAUUGCCCAGGCGAUUGUGAGUGUGGCCGACAGUCUCGAGGAGUCCAUCCUAAAUAACUAUCGCGACAAUCUCCGGGAGCUCUAUUUUUAUGAGUUGAUCAAGUCGCCGCUGCUUUGCAGGGACAUUCGCGCAUGUGUGAUUGAGGAGUCUCAUUGGCUGACCAUCGACAAGUACAAGAGCAUCAAUGGCAUCACUUUGGAGGAAUUCAAGGCCUUUGCUCAACGGUUCCCUCAGGAGCUGUACAUUCAGGCCCUCAUUGAGGGCAACUACACGGAGCUGUCCGCCUGCAGUUUGUUAAAUACGGUGAUCAGUCGCCUCCAAUGUCGGGCCAUUUCAGAGCCCCAAUUGCUGGAGGACAGUGUGAAGGAAUUGCCACAAGGUAGCCACUGCACUCUCUGUAAUGCCCUCAACGAUCGCGAUGCCAACACGGUGAUCAUGAACUACUAUCAAAUCGGACCGAAUACGAUCCGAGUGCAGAGCAUCCUCGAUCUGAUGAUGGAAAUCCUUGAGGACCCCAUCUAUGAAUAUCUGUGCACACAGGAGAAACUGCGCUACGAGGUGUACGCCAGAGUACGGCUCUAUUAUGGCAUUGUUGGGUACUCAAUUACUGCCUCGUCGCAUCAAACGAAAAAGGGAGCCAAGAAUUUGGAGCGGGGCAUCGAUCAAUUCCACCACGCGAUGCUACAGAUCCUCAACAAAAUGCGCGACGAUGAGUUUUUGCGCUCCAAGGAGAAACUCAUUCAGGCGAAGCUCGCCCCUGACGACAGCCUGGCCAUGGAAUCGGAUCGCCAUUGGGAGGAGAUUAUCAAUGGGGAUUUUCUGUUCGAUCGGAAUCAACAACAGGCCGAUGCCUUGCACAAUAUCACCAAAGAGGAGAUGAUUAGCUUCGUGGUAGACACGAAUGCCGCACAUUGUCGCAAACUUUCGAUUCAGGUAAUUGGAAAUCCGCCCACCGAAUGGGCGUACGAUUGGGCUUCGGAAAGAACCAAUUACAGCAGCGACGUCUUCCUCGAGACCCAUCAGACGCCGAGCUCUGUUUCCGUUUCAGAAGAUCAAUUGGCCGAUGGCAGUGAGAAUGGGGAUUGGAAGUCCACAACAUUCAGUUGGGAAGAAAGCCUGUACGAGGAUCUGGGCAGUCGACUGAACCUUGUACUUCUCCCCACACAAGGUGAAAACCGUCGUGUUCGACAAGACGGGAACUAUCACCCAUGGCACACCGAUGACCAGCAAGGUCACCCUCUUCGUGCCGCCCCAAGUGUGCAGCCUGGCCCGUGCCUUGACCAUUGUGGGAGCUGCCGAACAGAACAGCGAACAUCCCAUUGCCUCGGCCAUUGUGCUCUUUGCCAAGGACAUGCUCAACGUGGGACCGGCUGCCGCCGCCCAGCAGGGCAGAAAUUUCGGCAAGAGUUCACAUUUCCAGGCAGUGCCGGGAUGCGGCAUUCGCGUGAGCGUCUCCAACUACGAGCAGACACUGCGACAGGCCUGCAAUGCAGAGCGGAUCAUCAACUACGAGAAUCUGUACCGGCAGCAUCCACAGAGCUCCAUCAAUGUGGAGAAUGGGGCCACUGUGGAGCAUCUGAUGCCACAGCGGGAUGUGCGCAAGUCCAUGGAAGUGGCGCAACAGCAGCUGCUGGCACUUGAGGGCGUUGUCGGCGAGGAGCAGCAGAAGCUGAUCGACGGGCCGGAGAUACGAGUGCUGAUUGGCAAUCGCGAGUGGAUGCAGCGGAAUGCCAUCGAAG